UCUCAACAUGGAAGAAGAUUUUGUUGAUUUUUUGAGGUCACGAGAUAUUUCUCAAGAUUCGAUUGAGAAAAUAAAAGAGGAUAAGGUAAAUUGUUACAGUUAGGAUAAUUGAUCAAUAUGCAUGCUUUCGUUGCCAAUGUAUUUAUAGCUGAAAUUUCCUUUUAGAUCAACAUAAGUGUCAUUGCAAUUAUGACCGAAGACGAACUUGGAAAAUAUAUUGUUAGAUAUGGGGAUCGUCUUGCAGUUAGAGCAUUUUGCCGUCAAAGACUCGCAGUAUGUGAAACCACCAAGUCCACUGCACUGCAGAGAUUAAGAGACAAGAUCCAAAAAAGAGGCAGUACAUCAGCAAAUGACGGGUGUUUAUUAAGCAAACUUUCAGGUAUCGGCAACAAACAUGCUUCUAAAGAGACCAGACGACUGGAAAUUGGGUGGCUUCAUUUUUAUAAAGGAGAAUUUCACCAGGUUCGGACAAGACAUGGAGGAGGAACGCGACAUGUGACGGUUAAAAAGAACACUUCGGUUGAGGAACUGAUGAUGAUUGGGAAGGAUUUGUUUUUUCCUAAAGGGAUUUCUUCAAAAGGCCCAACUGCAAGCUAUACCUUUGAGAUGCAAGAUUUCAGCCAGACCACUAUUCCAUUCAGUCUUACAGUGAAUGAACUAUAUGAGCAGAGUAAACUCAGAAUGCUACGACUGUACGUAUGCACGAUGGAAAAGGAUUUGGUCAGUUCUCCCCAAGUUUCAUCAGACUCGUCCUCAGAUUUUACUCUUGACGAACUGGAACGAGAGCCAAGAGUGACAGAGAGUACUAGGAGAACCAGAAGCAUGGCAAGAAUAUUAGGACAACCACUUGUCCAAACAAGUGAUCCUGUGCCUGUCAAUCAUUCAUCACUCAUUGAAGAAGAGGAUAGCUUCUCUACCAGUCAAAAUUCCAGAGAGGAAAAUUGGGCAUCCACUCCUCAUGACCAUGAAUCUGAUGAUGUGGUGUGUUUGAGCGAAGAGCCAGGGUCAUUCGUUGCUGUGUCUUAUGAUCUAGAACUGGAGGACUCCGAGAUCCAGAUUGGAAUUGCACAUGAUAAUUUUGCCAUUUUGGAUUACACUCUUUCCUGGAAUACAGAAGAUGGGGAUCCUAGACAGCUGUCAAUGUUGGAGUCUGGCAGAAUGUUGCGUCUGAGCAAACGCUGGAAGUCUCUCACGUGCCCGUUCUCUGUUCCACAGUUGCCUCUCAUGAUCCGAGGACAGCCACCUGAACUCUCCACUGUUUCCACGUAG